CAGGGUCUUUCUCUCGAUCUGCCUUCCUCAGGGUUCAGUGUCGGGAUAUCACCAGCCGAGCAGCAAAGGCAGUAUAACAGAGAAUUAUGGAGGUUGUGGAGGACAGAGGUUCAGGAACAGGUCCACUCCCUGUGGAUGUACUUACAGAUGAUGGAGGCCUCAGUCUCUGGUCUGAAUGAUGACUUCCCAGAGGAUUGGAUUUUGAUCAUCGAUGUCUGACAUGCUCCACUGAUUCAGAUCCUGCUCACCAUGGGAAACUCUGUCAGCAGACCCAGCUGCUUGGGAGACAGGAGUCGCAAGUCCGAGAACUUUCUAAAAGAAUGUUGCAUGAAGAAGGAAUUGAUUGCUGAUAUCACAAGUUUGAAGAACAAUGCUGAGUCCAGUGCAGGUUCUGGGGAUAAAAAACAAAAUGAUCUGGUGAUAGAGAAAGAGUUGAAUGUCAGCCCAACCUCCUGCAAAAACCGGAGCAAUGAACCUCUCCCAAAACAAAACAAUACAGAUGCCAAUGUUCAAAGUGGGACAGUCAGAAGGGGAACUCCCAAGUCCACUCCUAAUCAUAUGGAGAAUGUGUGGACUCCACAGAGAGGCACUCUCCAGAGAUCAUCUGGUAGUAGUUGGUCAUGGAAGCCUCUUGCAUCAAGGGAGGUGACUGAAGUCACAGAAGUUACAGAGACUAUUGUAACAGAGAUUGUGGAAGUGACACAAUACCCAACCGGAGACAAGAGUGGAGAACCCAUAGUUACAAGGACAGUGAAGGUCCUAACAGAAUGUGCGGGGGAGCUAUCUGAGGUCCAGUCCAGUAGGGAAGUACAAACGGAAUCCCAGUACCGAAUGGGCCAGUGGGACGCCUUCAGAAAAACAGUUGCUCAGGGUGCCCUGACAUUGCCAGACUGGCAGAGCUCUGAGCCACCUGAAACCAUUGAGGCAGUCCUGAACUGGCUGUCAGAAAUGGAGGAGCUCACCGAGGCCCAGAAACCUCCCUCCGGUGAGGUGAAGGUGAUCAAGGCUCAGCUUCAAGAGCAGAAGCUUCUUCAGCGACUGAUACAGGAAAGGAGACCCAGAAUAGAAAGAUUCUUAUGGGACAGGAAUACUCCAACUCAACCCCUCCCCAUUCAGGACGUGGUCCAUGAGGGGCAUGGAGACCCCCUCUCACAGCUCCAGGAUCGGUGGGACUCUCUUCUACAGCAAUCAGAAUCCAGGUACCGUCAGUUGGAGCAGAUCACUCCGGUGGCACAAGGCUUCCAGGAAUCACUAGACACUUUCCAGGACUGGCUGGGUGCCAUGGAACGAAAGUUGGCAGAUCUGUGGCGCGCCAGUGGUCCAAAAAAACAGAUCAAGGAGGCUUACACAGAGGCCCAGCUUCUAUGCAAAGACAUCCAUUCUAAGCCAGGAGACCUUGACAAGGUUUUGGAAAAGGGACAGAUGCUGUUGGAGUUAGUAACAGGGGAAGAAGCACAGCUCAGCCAGGAGAAGAUGAAUACUCUGAAGGUUCGAUAUAUUAUCAUUGCCCAGAGCGCUGGAGACAUCCUGCAACGACUUGAGCAAACUCUAGAAGCCAGGUCUCAACUUGACCCAUCUCAGGAAGACGUAUCUCUAUGGUUGGGACGUAUGGAGAAGCUGGUGUGCGCGACUGAGGGAGGAACGGAGCAAACCACACUCAGUGCCAGUGACAUGGAGAAGCUGGAGCAAGUUGUACAGUCGGAGCGUGCCCACCUUUCUAAGACAGAGGAACGCCUGGAGCAACUCAGCCAUGUCCAGCUCGAUGUACAAACUGUACAAGCUCAGCUACUGGAGCACAAGGUACUAUCGAUGGACAUGCUGCAGCACACAGGGAUUACUGAGAGGCUGCUCUCUAUCUCAGACGCACUGCUAGCGUUAUGUCCUCAAUCCAUCCAAGAGCGGCUGCGGGAGCCGGUUACGUCCCUCAGGGAAAUGACCCCCAGGGUGGUGGCACAAGGUUCCGCUUCGACUGCCUGCCUGGAACACGUGCUGUCCCUCCUCACCCAGCUCUCAGAGGUAGAGGACGAAGUUCUCCCCUGGAUGGCAGAGACUGAGGCCGUGGUGUCCCUGCUUUCUCUAAACAGCAAGGAAUCUUCAGACUUUCGAGAGCAGCAAGAUCAGAUCCAGACUCUGCGAGAAGUUGUUGCUGAACACAAACCUCUUAUUACCAAGCUGCACCGAAUCUCCUGUAAAUUGUCAGAGGUCAACCCAGCGCAGGGAGCAGCCUUCCAGCAGCGAUUCGAAACCGCCGAAAAACAGUACUGUGCCAUCCGUGAGACUGUGCGCCAGGCAGCUGCCGUCUUAGAAGAUACUGUUCCCAGAUACAGCCAGCUCAGUGAAAGGAUGGAGAUUAUGGGAGAGCGCCUGGAGAGGCUCAAGGAGAGGCUGCAGAGCGGUUCCUCUGUUCGUGGGGAGCCCUCUCGCAUCCGGGAGCAGCUGCGGGAAAACUCACUGGUCCAGGCCGAACUGGAGAAACUGGCGGUGGCUCUGGAAAACAUCAGUAGACAAAGCGUGGAACUCGUGGCCACCUCUCUCUCUGGCACAUUACAGCCGCAAGUUCUCCUGAAGCACACGGAGGCGCUACAGGAAGAGUGGCAGUGUAUUUGUGUCCAGGCUGUGGAUCAGGAUCACUGGCUGUCUGGUCUCCUCACGUUGGCUGAGCGUUUCUGGAACGGCCUUUCCGACCUGGCGGUUGCUCUCAGUGACACCCAGCAGAUGAUUUUGGAUAGUGAAGAUCCUGGUUCUGAUCCAGACUCCAUUAGAACCAGACUUGAUGCCAUGCAGGCUCUACGAGAGGACAUUGACAGUUUGCAGAAUGACCUGGACAGCUUGGGGACUGUCGGGGUGGAGCUGAUGUCAUCGUGCGGAAACUUGGAUAAGCCAGAUGUCACUAAGAGCUUGGAUGAACUCUACACUGCGUGGAACAGUCUGAACAAGAUGUGGACAGAGAGGUACAGCCGGCUGGAGGAACAGCUGAAAUCCACACUCCAAUACCAGGAGACCCUGCAGAGAUUGCUGGAUUGGCUAGUGGCUGCAGAAUCAAAGCUCUCACAACAGUUCCUGAUCGGUGGAGAUCUAGAUAUGGUGAAGCAUCAGCUGGGUGAACUGAAGGAGUUUAAGAGAGAUCUCUAUCAGCACAGAGUGGAGCUGGAGAGCCUUGGCCACUUGAACGUAGCCAGCAAGUCUGGUGGUAAAGCAUGCGACUCGCAGAUCGGUGACUACAGAGAGCGUUGGGACAAGUUGGAGGAGGAGGCAGUGAACAGACAGCACCAAUUAGAAGAUGCCCUGCUAGGACUUGGCCAGUUCCAGAACCAGCUCGAAGAGCUCUUCCACUGGUUGUCUAACACAGCCGAACAGCUCCAAGGUCCGCACCCAGUCUGCAUUGACCUUCAAACCUGCGAAAUCGAGCUGGCCAAACACAAGGUACUAAGGAACGAUGUGCUGUCUCAUACGCGCACAGUGGAGUGUGUGAAUGAGUUUGGCCGGGGCAUUUUACUUGGGGACGGGGCAGAAUGUCUACACGGGAAGCUGGACGAGCUGAAGCAGCACUGGGAGUACGUACGCAGUGAAACAGAAAGACGGCAGCUGGGGCUGGAGAAUGAUCUCAGCCGGGUGCAGGAUGUGACUCUGGAGAUCACUGAGCUCCUGCAGUGGCUCGACCAUGUGGAGGCUCAUUUGUCCCUCUCCAGACCAUCGUGGGGGCAACCGGAGUCCACGAGGGAAGCUCUGUCCAAGCACUUGGAUCUGUGUAAAGAGAUGGAGUACAAGCAGCACACGUAUAAUAGUGUACGGGAUCGACUGCAGCGCCUCUUGGCAUCGUGCCCACUACAUCACGGCUCCAGCACAGAGCACCACCUGCGGAUUCUGGAACAGAAGUGGGAGAGUGUGCACACCAAGGUUCAGGACAGGAAGGUUUGCUUGUCAGAUGGCCUCUCCGUGGUCACAGAAUUUCACAGUACGAUGCAGGAGCUGACUGUGUGGAUUGUGCAGGCAGAGGAUCGCCUCGCUACUUCAAGUCCUCCCAGCGUCAUCUUCGAAACUGUGACCAAUCAGAUUCAGGAGCACAAGGGCCUUCAUCAGGAGAUCCAGCUACAUGAGGAGAAAUUGUCCAGUCUGGAGUCCCUCUACUCCCGUCUGAAGGAUGUGAGUCGGAAGCAGGAAGGGGACAUGACUCAGAGUCUAAUUCAAAGUGCCCGGGAGCGCCUAGGAAAGGUGCAGGAGAGAGCAGGGGAAAGGGGACGGAACUUGGAGGAGGCAAGGAGAAGUGCGAAGCAGUUCCGAGAGUCUCAACGCUUGCUGAUGGAGUGGUUGCUCGAGGUGGAUCACAGUCUGGACACUCAGGCCAUCGAUAACACUGAGAGUCAGGAGAAAAUCAAACUACAGCUAAAUCAGCACAAGGAUUUUCAGAAAGUACUGCGGUCCAAGAGACCAGUAUAUGAAGCCACUCUGCGCAGUGGGAGGGCACUCAGGGAGAAAGUGCGCUUCGCGGAAGACGGGCAAAAGUUGGAUGAGUUGGUCGGACAGCUAAGAGAGCGGUGGGAACAUGUCUGCAGCAGAUCCAUGGAGAGGCAGCAGAAGCUUGAGGAGUCCUUGCUGUUUUCUGGGAAGUUCACUGAGGCUCUUCAGGCUCUCAUGGACUGGCUGUACUGGGCCGAGCCACAACUGUCUGAGGAGAUGCCGGUUGGCGGAGACAGAGACCUGGUUAAUGACCUCCUGGACAAGCACAAGGUGUUUCAAAAAGAGCUGGGUAAGAGAGCCGGUUGUAUGAAGACCCUGAAACAUUCUGUUCGAGACCUGAGCAGAGGAGGUGUCUGUAAAGACUCACAAUGGCUGCAAAGACAAAUGGAGGAGUUGGACCAUCGCUGGGAGCUGGUUUGCCAGUUAUCUGUGAGCAAACAGGCACGGCUGGAGUCUUCCUUACAACAGGCUGACGAGUUCCAUUGUCUAGUGACUUCAUUUCUGGAGGGUCUGAGUGAGUCGGAGCGUAAUCUGAAGUACGGGAUUAUCCCCGACAAUGAGCAGGCACUCAAGGAUUGUCAGAGACAGCAGCAGGAAUUGAUCAGCACCUUGGAAUGUCAGCAGCUUGCCCUGGAGUGCAUAGUGUCCCUGGGCCAGGAGAUCCUGUCUGCCUGUCACCCGGACUCAAUAAUCACCAUAAAAUCCUGGUUAAACAUUACCAAAACACGGUACCAUGAGGUCAUGUCCUGGGCCAAGCAGCAGGGUGAGCGGAUCAAGUCCCAGAUCCAGUCCCUGGCCACAGAAAGGGAGGAGGUGGCCCGGCUACUAGACUGGAUAACAUCCGCCGAGGAGGCUCUCAGCUUACGGGAUCAGGAGCCUCUGCCAGAUGAGAUUGAAGCCAUGGAUGAGAUCAUUUCACAGCACUCGGUGUUCAUGGAGGAACUAAAUCGGAUGCAACCAGAAGUAGAACGAGUGACCAAGAAAUGCAAACGUAAAGUGACAGAGACGAGAACAGCAAACUCACGAAAGAACUCAGCAAAAAGACAAAAUUCCCUGAAAUCAUCGCAGGCCGGACCAUCUAUACCUCUGCUGGAUCUCUCACCCCAGACACACCACAUGGCUCAGCUUCUAAACCGCUGGCAGCAGUUAUGGUUCCUGUCCCUCGAUCGGCAGUGCCGUCUGCAGAGUGCCCAUCAGAGGCUGCAUGAGUUAAAGGAGUUUGCCCAUUUUGAUUUUGCGGUGUGGAGGAAAAGGUACAUGCAGUGGAUCGGGCAGAUGAAGUCCAGAAUCCUGGACGUAUUCCGAGGUAUUGAUCGUGACCAGGAUGGGAGAAUCAGCCAGAAGGAGUUCAUUGACAGUGUCUUGUCUUCCAGGUUUCCAACUAACUCAUUAGAGAUGACAGCGGUGGCCAAUAUCUUUGAUAUAAACGGAGAUGGUUUUAUUGAUUACUAUGAGUUUGUCAGCGCCUUGCACCCAACCAGAGACCCUCUACGGAAGACUGUGGAUGCUGAUCAGAUCCAGGAUGAGGUAAACAGACAGGUUUCUCAAUGUAACUGUGCAAAGCAAUUUCAGGUGGAACAAAUCAGUGCCAACCGGUACAGGUUUGGAGAAUCCCAGCUGUUGCGUAUGGUUCGGAUCCUACGCAGUACCCUCAUGGUGAGAGUCGGUGGUGGCUGGAUCGCAUUGGAUGAAUUUCUUGUGAAGAAUGACCCAUGUAGAGUGAAAGGUCGGACUAACUUGAAAAUCAAUGAAAAGUACUUAUCUCCUGAGUCAUCCAACUCCUCAUCACCGUACAAGAGCGUGGGGAACCAGAGCAAUAUUGCCGUGAAAGGUCUAUCACCCAGCCGGUCCAAUUCCACCCUCAGCCUGUACAGCAGCGCCUCUGCUCCCAGCAGCCCUCAGAGCAGGAAGCAAACAGUUCUACGAAGGACUCGCUCUGGGGACAGAUCCAGGUCUUCCCUUACAAUUGAUGGCACCGAGUUAAAGUUCUCUGCGGCUGAAGAUUGUAACAGUUCUAGUUCUGCCGAGAAAACAGAGAUGCCACCAACAUGACCACUCCUGACCUCCGCUCCCCAAGCAGCUCGCUAUCCCAAAUAAGCAGAGGAAAUGAAUUUCUCUAGGCCAGCUCAUACCAUGCCUGGCAUCUGCCUCUGGACAAGUCAGUGGCCACAGAGGCACAAGUGACCAGAACUCAGGGCUUAGAUCCACCAUUUAUAAACACACAGAGAAACUGGACGUGCAUCUUCAAUCACAUUAUCCAUUGGUCAGCACAGAACAGAGUCUGGAUCCCUAGGAUGGGAGACACGGGGUGGGGUGGAAUUUGUCUGCGACAAUUAAUGGGUGAAAAAUGUUAAUAAAUGAAUACGAGGGACUGAAUAGGAUGGGGCAGUGAGAGAAUGGAAGGGGAAGUCACUAUGUAAGUGGCAGGGGAGGUUCAUAUAUGAAUAGAUGUGAGUGAAUGGGAGGAGAAUUUAAUUUGUCAAUAGACAGGAGUAGUUGCUGUGUUAUUAAAUGGGAGAGUCAUUACUGUGUUAUU